AUGAAUACAUAUGAUCAAAUGAUAGUUGAUAAUCGAUAUCUUGGUGAUUUUAAUAAUGAAAAAUAUUUAUUUUCUAAACAAUCUAAUAUGCAAGAAGAUCUAUCAAAUAAAGAUGACGAUGGUAAUGGUUUACUUGGACGAAGAGUUUAUUUAGAAUCACCAUCAUUUGGUAAUAAAGAAGAAGAAGAUAUGUAUAGAUAUGUUUCAAGUCGUUUAACUGAUCGUACAGGUUCUAUAAUUGACACAAAAGUACCAGUACAUACAGGUGCAGCAUUAAUGGAUUCACUUGAUUUUGAAUUAGAUAUUCUUGGUACUAAUAAUACUCGUACUCAAAUACCUCAUCGAAGAGAACCAUAUCCAAUUAAAUCACAAGAACAAUUAUCUAAUACUUUAACAAAUAUGCCAAGAACUAAUCCUCGACAAGAUCCACUACUUGGCCCUUUACUUGCUGAACUUGAUGCAAUGUCUAAGCAACAACAAAUGCCACCACUACCACCACCACCACCGCCUACUUCUCCUCCUAUCUAUCGACGAAAUUCAGUGCCUUAUCAACCUAAUCUUGUUCGACCAACUGAUUCAUCUCAACCUAAUGAUGUUUUAACAAACAUAGCAAAUCGAACAGUAACUGAUGCUUUGUUUGAAGCUGAAUUAUAUGAUGGUCUUGAUUUAAAAGAUCAACAACAACAACAACAACAACAAUAUCAAACAAAUCCAUAUUCAACUUCGAAUAUAAAUUUACCAAAUUAUUCUCAAUCUCAACAACAACAACAACCAUCUCGUUUACCAAAUAUGGAUAAUAAUAAUCUAUUUAUGACUUCAUCUUAUACGACUGAUUCAGGAGCAUUUUUAAAUUAUUUUGGUCCAGAAGAUCAAUUAUUUCAACGACCAUUACUUAAUACACUUGGACAAAAUUAUGUGCCUAAUUCUAGACCACCAUUACCACCACCACCACCACCGCCUCAACAAUAUAACACUACAUUUGAUCAACCAUAUACUCAUAUAUCACCAACUCAACGAACAUCCUAUGUUCGACCUAAUUUACCUCCAAAUCCAAUAAAUACUCAACCGUCAUCAUUACAUUCUGGUCCAUCUAAUCAACAAAAUACAAAUCUAUUUAAUGAAUAUCAAAGAAUUCCACCUCAACAACAUUAUGAAGAACAAAUUGUACGUCAAAUAAAUCCAUCAAGUAAUCAAGAAAUGUUUUUUACAGAUAAUAAAGAUAAUCAAUACGAACAACAUCAACAACAACAACAAUCAUCUACAACGAGUCAUCGUAGUAGUGAUCAACAAGAUCAAGAUUUUAAACGGCAAGCUAUUUGGAAUGAACUUCAACGUACAAGUGCUAAAGUUCACGAAAAAAAUGUUAAAAAACGUGAAUCACCUAAUCGAGGAAAAAGUACAUUUGGUUCAAGUUCAACAUGGAAUAGUUCUGGUAGUCAACAAUCAUCAAAUUUAUUUAAACCACCACAACGUACACUUUAUCAUUCACAACCAAUAACAAAACCAAAUCAUACGGAAGAACAUAGUGAUAUGAUUAAAAAUAAAGAAAAUUUUUAUCAACGUUCACCAAUACGAAAACAUGAAAAUUUAUAUGUAGAAAGAAAAGAUCUUCAUAAUGAUUAUGGAAAUGAAAAAUAUGAACAAGAACCUAAAAUACAACCAUCAUCAAUUAAACCACAACGUCAAUCAAGUUUACCUGUAACAAUUAAUUUAAAUACAGGUGAUAAUUCACAAAAUGAAUCUUUACCUGCAACAGUGACUAUUCCACUUGAGAGUCAUAUCAGUCAAGAUGGAGAUAAAAUUUCAGUAAAUAUUGAUUUACGUCUUGUUGAUUUACAAAAUUUUAAACAACAACAACAACAACAGCAACAAACAUCAGAUCAUCCGCCUUGGUCUAAUUUAUAUCCUUUAGAUCGACAUAUUCGAAAAUUAGAACGUAAUAUUGAUGAAACUUUACCAGCAACAAAUCCACCUCAACGAAGUCCAAUAAUACCAAGUACAGGUAUUAAUCCAUCGAUGGGUCGAUAUGGAAGAAUGACAACAGGAAUGAAUCGUAGUGGAUAUAAUCCACCAAUUUAUGGAGGAGAUUAUAAUUACAGUGAUAAAGGUCGAGAAGAAGAUUCAUAUUUAGCAAAACUGAAUCAGUCAAGAAGAAAUUCACAAUUUAAACCUUAUACUGGUCGUGAUUAUGAACAAUUUAAAAAGAAUUAUGGUUUUGGUACUGGUCAUCUUGGUUCUGAUUUUGAAAAUAUUACUCAUAAAGAAAAACUCGAUACAUUAACUAAAACAAGACAAUAUGCUCAACAAAUUGAAGCAAAAAAUAAAAAAAGAUUAUCUGAUAUUUCUCGUCGUACAUUAUCCGAUACACGAUUACGAACAGGACCAUCUAAACCAUCACGGUCUUCUGCAUAUACUCUAACAUCAAUACGUCCAAAACAAUUCUCAGGUAUAUCCACUCAUUCUUCUCCACCUACAAUGAAUGAUAUAUUCCCAUAUAUUCCUGCUCGUCGUCCAACUGAAGUUCUUUAUCGACCACUCCCACCUAUACCAAGACAACUCAUAAGAUUACCACCAAAUGAAGAUAAUGAAACAGUUGAAAAUUUAAGUAUACAUCAAGAAGAAGAAAAUAUUUCAAGAAAACCUACAAUAAAUCCAUUACAAAAACAACGUGAACAAAAUAUUGAAAAUAAUAAUCAUCGAACUAAAGUUAUUGAAAAAAUAGAACCAGCUCGAAUUAAUCAACAACGUUUAUUAUUACCAAAGAACUUAUCAUCAAUUCGUUUAACCAAUAAUGAUAAUAAACGACGACCAAUAAAAUUUGAUAAAUUACUUUUACCUGAUGAACCAACAUAUUCAUCUUCACAAAAAACUGGCUCUACUCAAGAACAACAACAACAACAACAAUCAAAUGUUGAUCAAUUAACAAAUCAAUAUCAUGAUAAAAAAAUUGUAAUGGAAGUAAUACAUCAAGAAUUAAGUGAACGACCAUUAAAUGAUAACGAAAAAAUGACCAUAGUUGAACAAAAAAAUAACACUUAA